AUGAACCGGACAAAUGUGUUGAUGGCUCUCCUUACAAAUCAGUUCGGUAUAGGAAUCCUCUCCAUACCGGUGACUCUGAAGACAUUAGGCUUGAUUCCUGGCCUUGUAGUCAUCAUCGGUAUGGAACCCGUCGCUUGGUACGGUGGAUAUCUCCUGUACGGAAUUGUCGGUGGAACAUACUGGGGUGCUGUCGUUGCCUUCUUCUUUGUAGUCCUGAUCAUUUCAGCCUGCGCCUCGAUAGCAGUCACGAUGUCCAUUUCUCUCAACAUCAUCACAAGGCAUGGUACUUGUAUUGUGGGUUUUAUCGGCAUCGCUGCUAUCCUUACUGUCAUUAUCAGUCUUGGAGUAAACGGCCCAGACUCAGCUCCUCAGGGAUGGACACGUCAGAUUGAACUUGUGCGAAGCCCACGAUCAUUCCGAGAAAUAUUUACUGCCUGUCUACGCAUUGUUUUUGCAUAUGCCGGCCAGUUCAGCUUCGUCUCCUGA